AUGCUUUGCCCAGAGCAGCCUUGCGUCGUAGAGGUGGUCUCGCAGUUAUCGACUCCGGCAUUUCUCGCAUGCUUGGACCGAUUUGUUGCUAGAAGAGGUCUCCCGAGCAAGAUGAUGUCCGACAACGCAAAAAAUUUCGUCGGAGCUAAACGUGAGCUGUCUGAACUUUAUAUCUGGUGGGCCUCCGAGAAUACGAGACAAGAAAUCGACGUCCAGAUGGUGAAGCAGAGCAUCGAAUGGAGCUUCAUACCGCCGUCAGCCCCUCACUUUGGAGGAUUAUGGGAGGCGGCGGUAAAGUCACUGAAAUAUCACCUCACUCGGGUUUUGGACCAUCAACCAUUUACUUUUGAAGAGUUAUGCACCGUGGCUAUCAAGAUUGAAGCAAUUCUAAAUUCACGCCCUCUCUACGCGAUGUCAUCCGAUCCCGACGAUUAUUCUAUGUUGACACCUGGACAUUUUUUAGUCGGCGACGCCCUAGUAUCCUAG